AGCAACAGAAUGCACAACUAGAGUGCAUCACGUCUCACCCAGGCUUUCAAACAGUCUGCCUGGAUAGAUGGGUACUGGAGACAGCACACUACCACUGUGUGAGGACAUGAAAGCAGAGACAUCCAUGGAUGGAGAGACCUCAGAAGCCUGUGUGAAGAAAGAGGAGACGCUGGAGCUGAAUAUCUACAGCUAUGGAGACUAUCUCGACAACCCACCUGAAGGUCUCUCUGUUAAAGUGGAAGAUCCUGACGAUAAAGACCAUCUCUACUGUGAAGUUUGCAAAUCUUUCUUCCUCAACAAAUGCGAGGUUCAUGGACCACCCCUCUUCAUCCCUGAUACUCCUGUUCCCAUGGGAGUCCCUGACCGAGCCAGACAAACACUUCCUCCUGGGCUAGAAAUCCAGAAGUCCAGUAUUCCUGAUGCAGGCCUUGGAGUGUUUAAUAAGGGGGAGACUGUUCCAGUAGGUGCACACUUUGGCCCCUGCCAGGGAGAGCUGGUGAACCGAGAGGAAGCCAAGAACAGUGGAGACUCCUCGGUUGUAUACAGGAGCAUGCAGUGUGAAGAAUACAUCGAUGCCAAAAGAGAGACACAUGUGAAUUGGAUGAGGUAUGUGAAUUGUGCCCGUAAUGAAGAAGAACAGAAUCUUGUGGCAUUUGAGUAUCAAGGGGGAAUUCUGUAUCGUUGCUGUCGACCCAUUUACCCAGGACAGGAGCUCUUGGUGUGGUAUGAAGAGGGGCACACCAAAGAACUCAGUCCUGCACCUACAGGAACAACCAGACAGCAAGAAGUAAAGAACGCUCUGCUGCAAGUCAUUUCAUGCUCCACAUGCCCUCAUUCCGAUGCAUCUCCAAUUUACCUCGACAAGCAAAUCCAGAGAUGCCACGAUGAAGAGUACGUGAGACUGCGAGAAUCAGGAGAGAUUAAAUAUAAGCUUCAGAUCCCCUCCAAAUGCUCCAGUCGUCAACCAACAUCAACUGAUAUUAUCCAUUCUGAUACUUCCCAUAAUGAUAUACAGAAGGAAAUUCACCACUGCUCAGAUUGUAGAAAGAGUUUUAGUUAUCAGAAUGCACUCAAGACACACCAGUGCAGUCACACAGGAGAGAAGCCGUAUCACUGCUCACAAUGUGGGAAGAGUUUUACUCGUCAGAGUGAUCUCCAAACACACCAGCGCAUUCACACAGGAGAGAAGCCGUUUCACUGCUCACAGUGUGGGAAAAGUUUUACUCAUCAGAGUCAUCUCCAACGACACCAGCGCAUUCACACAGGAGAGAAGCCAUAUCACUGCUCACAGUGUGGGAAGAGUUUUACUCAUCAGAGUGAUCUCCAACGACACCAGCGCAUUCACACAGGAGAGAAGCCGUAUCACUGCUCACAGUGUGGGAAGAGUUUUACUCAGCAGAGUCAUCUCCGACGACACCAGCGCUUUCACACAGGAGAGAAGCCGCAUCACUGCUCACAGUGUGGGAAGAGUUUUACUCGUCAGAGUCAUCUCCGACGACACCAGCGCAUUCACACAGGAGAGAAGCCGUUUCACUGCUCACAGUGUGGGAAGAGUUUUGCUAGUCAGAGUCAUCUCCGACUACACCAGCGCAUUCACACAGGAGAGAAGCCGUAUCACUGCUCACAGUGUGGGAAGAGUUUUGCUCAUCAGCGUAAUCUCCAACUCCACCAGCGCAUUCACACAGGAGAGAAGCCGUAUCACUGCUCACAGUGUGGGAAGAGUUUUACUCAGCAGAGUGCUCUCCAAACACACCAGCGCAUUCAUACAGGAGAGAAGCCGUAUCACUGCUCACAGUGUGGGAAGAGUUUUACUCAUCAGAGUCAUCUCCAACAACACCAGCACAUUCACACAGGAGUGAAGCCGUAUCACUGCUUACAGUGUGGGAAGAGUUUUACUCAUCAGAGUGCUCUCCGACUACACCAGCGCAUUCACACAGGAGAGAAGCCGUUUCACUGCUCACAGUGUGGGAAGAGUUUUGCUCAUCAGCGUAAUCUCCAACUCCACCAGCGCAUUCACACAGGAGAGAAGCCGUAUCACUGCUCACAGUGUGGGAAGAGUUUUACUCAGCAGAGUGCUCUCCAAACACACCAGCGCAUUCACACAGGAGAGAAGCCGUAUCACUGCUCACAGUGUGGGAAGAGUUUUACUCAGCAGAGUCAUCUCCAAACACACCACCGCAUUCACACAGGAGAGAAGCCGCAUCACUGUGGUCACUGUGGGAAGAGUUUUACUCGUCAGAGUGCUCUCCAACUACACCAGCGCAUUCACUCAGGAGAGAAACCAUAUCGCUGCUCACAGUGUGGGAAGAGUUUUAUUCAGCAGAGUGCUCUCCAACAACACCAGCGCAUUCACACAGGAGAGAAGCCGUAUCACUGCUCACAGUGUGGGAAGAGUUUUACUCAGCAGAGUAAUCUCCAAACACACCAGCGCAUUCACACAGGAGAGAAGCCGCAUCACUGCUCACAGUGUGGGAAGAGUUUUACUCAGCAGAGUGAUCUCCAAAAACACCAGCGCGUUCACACAGGAGUGAAGCCGUAUCACUGCUCACAGUGUGGAAAGAGUUUUACUCAGCAGAGUGCUCUCCAACAACACCAGCGCAUUCACACAGGAGAGAAGCCGUAUCACUGCUCACAGUGUGGAAAGAGUUUUACUCAGCAGAGUAAUCUCCAGCGACACCAGCACAUUCACACAGGAGAGAAGCCGUAUCACUGCUCACAGUGUGGGAAGAGUUUUACUCAUCAGAGUGCUCUCCAACGACACCAGCGCAUUCACACAGGAGAGAAACCGUAUCACUGCUCACAGUGUGGGAAGAGUUUUACUCAUCAGAGUGCUCUCCAAACACACCAGCGCAUUCACACAGGAGAGAAGCCGUAUCGCUGCUCACAGUGUGGGAAGAGUUUUACUUCUCAGAGUCAUCUCCAACAUCAUCAGCGCAUUCACACAGGAGAGAAGCCGCAUCACUGCUCACAGUGUGGGAAGAGUUUUACUCGUCAGAGUGCUCUCCAACUACACCAGCGCAUUCACUCAGGAGAGAAACCAUAUCGCUGCUCACAGUGUGGGAAGAAUUUUACUCAGCAGAGUGCUCUCCAACAACACCAGCGCAUUCACACAGGAGAGAAGCCGUAUCACUGCUCACAGUGUGGGAAGAGUUUUACUCAGCAGAGUAAUCUCCAAACACACCAGCGCAUUCACACAGGAGAGAAGCCGCAUCACUGCUCACAGUGUGGGAAGAGUUUUACUCAGCAGAGUGAUCUCCAAAAACACCAGCGCGUUCACACAGGAGUGAAGCCGUAUCACUGCUCACAGUGUGGGAAGAGUUUUAUUCGUCAGAGUCAUCUCCAAACACACCAGCGCAUUCACACAGGAGAGAAGCCGCCACUGCCACAUCACUGCUCACAGUGUGGGAAGAGUUUUACUCGUCAGAGUGAUCUCCAAAAACACCAGCGCAUUCACUCAGGAGAGAAACCAUAUCGCUGCUCACAGUGUGGGAAGAGUUUUACUCACCAGAGUCAUCUACAACAACACCAGCGCAUUUACACAGGAGAGAAGCCGUAUCACUGCUCACAGUGUGGGAAGAGUUUUACUCAUCAGAGUGCUCUCCAAACACACCAGCGCCUUCACUCAGGAGAGAAGCCGUAUCACUGCUCACAGUGUGGGAGUAGUUUUACUCAUCAGAGUAAUCUCCAACAACACCAGCGCAUUCACACAGGAGAAAAACCGUAUCACUGCUCACAGUGUGGGAAGAGUUUUACUCAUCGGUCAAGUAACAUGGUAACACACCAGCGCAUUCACACAGGAGAGAAGCCGUAUCACUGCUCACAGUGUGGGAAAAGUUUUACUCGUCAGAGUAAUCUCCAACAACACCAGCGCAUUCACACAGGAGAGAAGCCGUAUCACUGCUCACAGUGUGGGAAAAGUUUUACUCGUCAGAGUGCUCUCCAACAACACCAGCACAUUCACACAGGAGAGAAGCCGGUUCACUGCUCACAGUGUGGGAAAAGUUUUACUCGUCAGAGUAAUCUCCAACAACACCAGCGCAUUCACACAGGAGAGAAGCCGUUUCACUGCUCACAGUGUGGGAAGAGUUUUACUUGGCAGAGUGAUCUCAGACGACACCAGCGCAUUCACACAGGAGAGAAGCCGUAUCACUGCUCACAGUGUGGGAAGAGUUUUACUCAGCAGAGUGAUCUCAGACAACACCAGCGCAUUCACAUAGGAGAGAAGCCAUAUCACUGCUCACAGUGUGGGAAGAGUUUUACUUGUCGGAGUCAUCUCCAACAACACCAGCACAUUCACACAGGAGAGAAGCCGUUUUACUGCUCACAGUGUGGAAAGAGUUUUACUCGUCAGAGUGCUCUCCAAACACACCAGCUCAUUCACACAGGAGAGAAGCCGUUUCACUGCUCACAGUGUGGGAAGAGUUUUACUUGUCAGAGUCAUCUCCAAACACACCAGCGCAUUCACACAGGAGAGAAGCCGUAUCACUGCUCACAGUGUGGGAAGAGUUUUACUCGUCAGAUUGCUCUCCAACAACACCAGCGCAUUCACACAGGAGAGAAGCCGUUUCACUGCUCACAGUGUGGGAAGAGUUUUACUCGUCAGAUUGCUCUCCAACAACACCAGCGCAUUCACACAGGAGAGAAGCCGUUUCACUGCUCACAGUGUGGGAAGAGUUUUACUCGUCAGAGUCAUCUCCAACAACACCAGCACAUUCACACAGGAGAGAAGCCGUUUCACUGCUCACAGUGUGGGAAGAGUUUUACUCGUCAGAUUGCUCUCCAACAACACCAGCACAUUCACACAGGAGAGAAGCCGUUUCACGGCUCACAGUGUCGGAAGAGUUUUACUCAUCAGAGUGCUCUCAAAAAACACCAGCGCAUUCACACAGGAGAGAAGCCGUUUCACUGCUCACAGUGUGGGAAGAGUUUUACUCGUCAGAUUGCUCUCCAACAACACCAGCGCAUUCACACAGGAGAGAAGCCGUAUCACUGCUCACAGUGUGGGAAGAGUUUUACUCGUCAGAUUGCUCUCCAACAACACCAGCACAUUCACACAGGAUAGAAGCCGGUUCACUGCUCAGUGUUGGAAGAUGUUUGCUUGUUUAGUUACAUUCAAGUGCACUAACUCGGACACUGCAUGAUUUAAAGUUGUCAAAUUAAAUAUGGUUAUUACAGUUUUGACUGAAAAUGACCUGUACUUUGAACUUUAUUUUUCAUGUUACACUGGUCAACAAUUUUUCAGAAGUUGUCUGCUUCAGAGAUGAAGUUGGCUAUUAUGAAAUUUGGUGUGUUGAAUUAGAAGUGACAGUUAAGCAGCUGAUUGGCUAUGGCUUCCAAGAUAUUUAAGAUUUUAAAUUUUAUACUUAUGUACAUUGUGUAGAUCGUAAAUGUUUUAAAUAUAAAUUUUAAAACUAGGUCUCUUCAUGUGUUUAUGGUCGGUUUACAUGAUAU